UUUUUAAUUUGGCUAGAAGCAACUUAUUUUUAAAGAAAGUAUGUCUUCUCUGAAGAUAAAUGGUCCUAUCAGAAUUCGAAGUAUGCAGACUGGGAUUACAAAGUGGAAAGAAGGAUCUUUUGAAAUUGUGGAAAAAGAGAAUAAAGUCAGCCUAAUAGUUCACUACAAUACUGGAGGAAUUCCAAGGAUAUUUCAGCUAAGUCAUAACAUUAAAAAUGUGGUGCUUCGUCCCAGUGGAGCAAAACAAAGCCGCCUAAUGUUAACUCUACAAGACAACAGCUUCUUGUCUAUUGACAAAGUACCAAGUAAGGAUGCGGAGGAAAUGAGGUUGUUUCUAGAUGCAGUCCAUCAAAACAGACUUCAAGCAGCCAUGAAAUCUUCUCAGGGAUCUGGUAGUUUUGGAGUCAUUCUGGGCAGCAGGACCUCACACACAGAAACCAACAGGCAGCUUUCUUAUUCAGACAAUCAGACCUCUUCAAAAAGAGGAAGUUUGGAAACUAAAGAUGAUAUUCCAUUUCGAAAAGUUCUUGGUAAUCCAAGUAGAGGAUUGAUGAAGACUGUACCAGGAAGUGGGAUAGUUGUUACCCGGACGAUUCCUUCUUUGACGUCUACAUCAACACCUCUUAGAUCAGGGUUAUUAGAAAAUCGGACUGAAAAGAGAAAAAGAAUGUUAUCAUCUGGCUCAGAGCUGAAUGAAGAUUACCCUAAGGAAAAUGAUUCAUCAUCGAACAACAAGGCUAUGACAGAUCCCUCAAGAAAGUAUUUAACCAGCAGUAGAGAAAAGCAGCUGACUCUGAAACAGUCAGAAGAGAAUCGGACAUCAGGGCUUUUACCUUUACAGUCAUCAUCCUUUUAUGGUAGCAGAGUUGGAUCCAAGGACUACUCUUCUGGUGGCACUAACCUAGAUAGGACUAGUGUUCCAAGCCAAAUUCCCUCUGCCAAAAGAAGUUUGGGAUUUCUUCCUCAGUCAGCUCCUCUUUCGGUUAAAAAACUGAGGUGUAACCAAGAUUACACUGGCUGGAACAAACCAAGGGUGCCCCUUUCCUCUCACCACCAACAACAACUGCAGGGCUUUUCCAAUUUGGGAAAUACCUGCUAUAUGAAUGCUAUUUUACAGUCUUUAUUUUCACUUCAAUCAUUUGCGAAUGACUUACUUAAGCAGGGUAUCCCAUGGAAGAAAAUUCCACUCAAUGCACUUAUCAGACGCUUUGCACACUUGCUUGUUAAAAAAGAUAUCUGUAAUUCAGAGACCAAAAAAGAUUUACUCAAGAAGGUCAAAAAUGCCAUUUCAGCUACAGCAGAGAGAUUCUCUGGUUAUAUGCAGAAUGAUGCUCAUGAAUUUUUAAGUCAGUGCUUAGACCAGCUGAAAGAGGAUAUGGAAAAAUUAAAUAAAACUUGGAAGACUGAACCUGUUCCUGGAGAAGAAAAUUUGCCAGACAUUUCAGCUACUAAAGUAUACACUUGCCCUGUUAUUGCAAAUUUGGAGUUUGAGGUUCAGCACUCCAUUAUUUGUAAAGCAUGUGGAGAGAUUAUUCCCAAAAGAGAACAGUUUAAUGACCUUUCCAUCGACCUGCCUCGUAGGAAAAAGCCACUCCCUCCUCGUUCAAUUCAAGAUUCUCUUGAUCUUUUCUUUAGGGCAGAAGAACUUGAAUAUUCUUGUGAGAAAUGUGGUGGGAAAUGUGCUCUUGUCAGGCACAAAUUUAACAGACUUCCCAGGAUACUCAUUCUUCAUUUGAAACGAUAUAGCUUCAACGUGGCUCUCUCACUUAACAACAAGAUUGGGCAGCAAGUCCUCAUUCCAAGAUACCUGUCUCUGUCAUCUCAUUGCACUGAAAAUACAAAACCACCUUUUACCCUUGGUUGGAGUACACAUAUGGCAAUUUCUAGACCAUUGAAAGUCUCUCAAAUGGUGAAUUCCUGCAUCACCAGCCCUUCUACACCUUCAAAGAAAUUCAACUUUAAAUCCAAGAACUCCUUGGCUUUAUGCCUUGAUUCAGACAGUGAGGAUGAGCUUAAACGCUCAGUGGCCCUCAGUCAGAGACUUUGUGAAAUGUCAGGCAAUGAACAGCAGCAGGAAGACACAGAAAAAGAUUCAAAAUUAUGCAGAAUAGAGCCUGAUAAAUCCAAAUUGGAAAACUCAGGAUUCGAUGGAAUGAGCGAAGAAGAGCUUCUAGCAGCUGUCUUAGAGAUAAGUAAGAGAGAAACUUCACCGUCUCCUAGUCAUGAAGAUGAUGAUAAACCAACCAGCAGCCCAGAUACUGGAUUUGCAGAAGAUGAUAUUCAAGAAAUGCCUGAAAAUCCAGACACUAUGGAAACUGAGAAGCCCAAAGCAGUCACAGAGCCAGAUCUUGCCAGUUUUACUGAGAUAACUAAAGACUGUGAUGAGAAUAAAGAAAACAAAACUCCAGAAGGAUCUCAGGGAGAGGUUGAUUGGCUCCAGCAGUAUGAUAUGGAGCGAGAAAGGGAAGAGCAAGAGCUUCAGCAGGCAUUGGCUCAGAGCCUUCAAGAGCAAGAGGCUUGGGAACAGAAAGAAGAUGAUGACCUCAAAAGAGCUACAGAGUUAAGUCUUCAAGAGUUUAACAGCUCUUUUCUGGAUGCAUUGGGUUCUGAUGAGGACUCUGGAAAUGAGGAUGUUUUUGAUAUGGAGUACACAGAAGCCGAAGCUGAGGAACUGAAAAGAAACGCUGAGACAGGAAAUCUUCCUCAUUCCUAUAGGCUCAUCAGUGUUGUCAGUCACAUUGGUUCCACCUCUUCUUCAGGUCAUUACAUUAGUGAUGUGUACGACAUUAAGAAGCAGGCGUGGUUUACUUAUAAUGACCUGGAGGUAUCUAAAAUCCAAGAGGCUGCAGUGCAGAGUGAUCGGGAUCGGAGUGGUUACAUCUUCUUUUACAUGCACAAGGAGAUCUUUGAUGAGCUGCUGGAAACAGAAAAGAACUCUCAAGCAUUUAGCAUGGAAUUGGGGAAGACUACCUGUCAGGCCUCGUAAGGAAAAAACUCCCGGGUUGGCAGUGUGCACUGCAUAUUCUUUUACUGUCGCCCACCUCACCUUUCCUCUCCCUGAGGAGAAUUUGGAAUUCUAUUUGAUGCGGGAGCAACAAACAGCUCAGGGCCAAACCAAAAGAUGAAAAUUGCAGUUAUGCUAACUUUUGUGGAAACCCUGGUCUCACAUCUGUAGCUGAUUAUCCUCUUUUUCUCCUACAAGAGUGGCACUUCCUUUUGUCUUAGGAAUACAUGUUGUAAAUAUAUAUAUAUAUAUAUAUGUACAUACACACUUAUAUAUAUGGAAUGAAUGGAGCCUUAAAGAGUUAGGAUGAGCCACCAGAGUAUACCUGCUCAAAAUUAAAUAGCACAGCAGUUUGGCGAAGAAAUGAAGGUGUCAGAGUUCACCUGAGAAAUGUGUAAAGAUAUACAUAUCAGUCAGCUUUUUUGCUUUUAUCUUCCUUGAAUAGUUUCACUCAAGUCUGUAACCUUUCAUGUGUGUUUGUUAGUAAAAUUCACUGGAAAGCCAGCUCUCCAUGUUACACUAAUGACAGUCUGUUCUCUUUUUAGGAGAGGGGUAUUUUUCUGUCACUGGAUUUGAAGAGCACUUUUUUUUGUUGUUGUUGUUUUUAAUUUCAUGAAUUUGUAAUGCCUUUGCUGUUGGUGCUUUGGAAUGUGUUAUGGUUCCACAUUUGUUAUCAUCAUACACAAACAUUUUCUCUAAAGAGAUACCUUCACAUUUUUUGUUCUUCAGAUGUCAUCAUAUUAUAGUGAUGAAGAUGGAAUCUUUUGUUUUGUUCUGUAUCAUCUUUCCAUGGAGCAGGCAUUGGCCUAACCAGUUAUAACCAAAACUUCAAAAGGUGGAAAGAUAAUAUUGCUCCAAUUGGGACUCCCCAGUAGGAAUACUUAGGGUUAAGGAAGAAAGCUAGCAUUUCUGUCUGUCAGACAUAGAGAGGUCAAGAGGAGUGUUCUUGUGUUAAAGCUCAAACUCUGGACCGCUAAAUUUAAAAAUCCUACUGCAAGUGUGAAAUUAAGUACUUGAGCUACUGAUAAAGCUUGAACAUUUAA